AUGGUUGAUCGAAACGAGAGAACGCUCACGUUGCUUCAUUUAAGGAAAACCUUUUCCGACCAUUCAAAGGUGAGCCUAAGCGGGACGAAAGAAGUGGACGCGAGUCGUUUAUUACCACUUUUCACCAAGGUAAUGACAAUGUACAGCCCGGUUGAGUUGCGCGGGGAGUUCAAAGAAAUGCCCACAUUCUCGGCGUGGAUGUGCAGCUUGUUGGUGAGAGAAGUGCGAGCAAGAGCUGCUAGUCAAGGAACCGAAGCGGCUGCUGUCGGUAUAGCUGAAUACCUUGAGCCAUCGACUUCGCACAAAGGAUGGACGCUUUUGAGCGCGAUUCUGUAUGCGGUGAACACUGACGACGAUGCGAUCAUUGACGCUGCAUGUAAAGCCUCUCUGCCAUCAACACUCGUCAAAGCACUCUACCUUUUCUUUGAUCUUCCCGAAGCCGAUGGGGAAACGCUGGAAGCGCAUCAAAAGUUGAACGAUUUGGUGACGGAGCUGUUGGAGAGAUUGUGCAAUUUCAAAAGCGUUGGUGAAGAGUUGGCUAGAAGAGAUGAUCUCUCACUGCUAUUCGCUGGCACUUCGUCAAUGGUUCCUCAACAAAAUGCACAAUGGAGAAGGACGAGUGCUCGAGUGUUGGAGACGCUAGCGGCUAAAGCUUUAACUCCACAAUUGGUGAAGUACAUCUUGAGCAAAGAAUGCAUACCGACUUAUGUGAACAAUAUGAGAAAUCCAAAGCUGAGCCUGCAGGAAACCGCCGAGAUGAUCAUCUGUUUGCUGUGUAUUUUAAAGGACUCAGCCCGUUCAUCCUCCUCUCUCACCGAUAUUUUUCAAAAAGCAAGCGGCUACGAGAUUAUUAAAGAUUUCUUGAUCAGACACGAAUCCGACACGGAACUCGUUCGAAACAUUUUACUGAUGUUGAUCUCGGUGAUCACCGCUGGCCCCAUUGAGUUGAAGCCACAGCACAAUUCGGGCCUUGUCUCGCUCCCAAAUUUCACGCUACCAAUCCCUAUCGGAAACGGGGUCUCCGUGCGAAACACAGCCGCUUUUCGACUCCUCUACGAGAUUUUUGUUGAGAGUCUAAACCCGAAAGUGCACGUCUCUGUCAUCGACGUUGUUCACUCGAUUUACACAUGUGAUCCGGCGAAUUAUUUCAUCUUGGAUCGAGAGUUUCCAUUGAGUAUUUUUAUCGAAAGAAUGGCUACAAGAUGUGCUGAAGUGCAGUUGAAAAUCUUGGAACUCAUCGAGCAUGUGUGCUUUCAAUUGGCUUACAUCCCUUGCAAGGAAAUGAUUUCGGUCUGUGUGCUGAUGAAAACCGAGCUUGGCGCCGGCCGGCCGUCAAUGUUGAUUCACGCCGUGCAAAGUGCUUUCCGGAUACUUACUGUCGACUCGUUGUUGAAGGAUGCAUUCCGAGAAGUUGGCAUUCUCGACACGCUCUCUUUUGUCAUCAACAAUUUAUUCGGCGUUCAGAAAAAUCGAGAACUUACCGAUGAGGAGAAAAAGCUGACCCUCUUGGCUACCGAUUUGCUAACAGUUGUUGUGAAGGGGAAUGUCGAGAAUGCAAAGAUGCUUGGCGAUUGUCUAGGGCCUAGGGGUCUGCUGGCGCUCGUUUGCGGAGUGACCGGAGAGUGGAGAAGCAGUGCAUUACAGCUACUAAAGCAGGCUCUCCUCUUGGCCCCAUCCGAUAUCUACUUGGCUGCGAUCGUCUCUCAACUCAACAACGCCUCUCCCCAGACCCAGCUCGAGCUAGACGUCGAUUUGUUGAAAUGUGUCCUUGGAGUUCUGCGUGAAAGCCACAAAGUCCGCGUUCUCUUUCGACGAGUUGGCGGUUAUUUGGCCCUAAUCUCAAUGUUGUUAGGUUUGGAAGGGGUUUUCGGAAGUGAGGAAUCGGCGAAAGACGCCCAAAGCCAACAGGAGAAAUCCGUCUACCUUGACUUCAUUCAUCUCGUUUUUAAGGUGCUAACUUUGAGCAUGCGCUUUGAGCCGAGCAACGCUCGGUACUUCUUUGUUGAGGUAAACUGGGAGAGUAUCACGACGGUGCUACGUUUAACAGGCACCUUUGCCGGAUCGACGAUUGUUGAGAUUGAAAAUGAUAUGUGGAGAAUGAAUGGAGCUGAACUAAAAGAGGAGAUGAAUCUGUGCCAUUCUGUCUUUCAAAUGGAUGAGAAUAUACAACUUGGCUCAAUUCCACCAAAAAUGCCAGCAUCGAUUUUCUACUCUUGUUACAUCAUUCGACUCUUGUUCAACAUGGCUCUAGACAACUAUGAGAAAGUCUCAUCGGAUGUCUGUUGGUGUACGUCAUUAUCUCCACCAGAUGGUUCUUCAUCUCUUGCAGCUGAUGAUUCAUCGAUUGUUUCUUGGUCUUCUUCAGUUCUUGUUCAUCCUGGUGCUGUUCUCUCCAUACUCGCCCUUCUACCCUCCAUUCAGGCUCAAGAUAAAAAAUGGACAGUUGCUGCUCAAUACUACUCCUCACUUCUAUUGAAAGCACUACUGAAACCGGAGAGAAAUCAACAAUUGAUGAGUCAGGUGGAAAUGCCUCGUCACCUCCUUGCCGUUGCAGGGAAGCUCUUCCUCAGUGACAACCAUCUACUGUUACCUCCAUUCUACUAUCUCCUCGAGCGACUCAGCUAUCAAUCAAUGCACCCAAGAGAGCUACGCCAAUUUCUGCGUCUUGAUCAACCACUUUGUUGCCGAAAUCUUGACCCUGCACAAAAUGAAGAAGCGCUGAACCCGAAUGAGGGUGGACCGAUCCCGUUGACUCGAGUGAAAGCGCUUGUUUCAAUGAUGACACCCAGAUCGGCUCGUCCACAACCAUCACCCUCAUUCAUCGAGUUUGAUCAAGCGCUUGAGGGCUUCGGCUGUCUCUUCAUCCCAUCACUUUCCCCAACUUUCUCCUCACAGCGAACCGAGCGCGUCUUUCCGCCGAUGAAUGGAUUCACCUUUUCAACCUGGUUGUACGUUGAUUGUUGGUCGGACAAGAAAACCGAUGCUCAUCCGCUUCGAUUGUUGACGGUUUCGAGAACGGUCAUUUGGAAUGAUGAGAGGAAAAAGCUUGGUGCGAGAAGUGUCGGCUGUUUGUGCCUCCAACUCUCAGCCAUGGAUCAUUCACUGUUGGUGUCCACAGAAGAGACUGAGCCACCUGGAGGAGAUAUUGAGAAAGAUGCAAGAUUUCCAUCAGAAAAGGUUGUUCGAGUGGCGCUCGAGGACGUGCUUCGACCAAUGGAAUGGGCUCAUCUCUGCGUCGUUUUAACGAGAUCCGUUCUGAAACCCAGUCAAGUAAACGUCUACGCCAAUGGCCGUCUCGUCUCCACUCAACGCCUUUCCUACAUUGUGCCGAACCCUGGCGGAGCGGCUCCACAGUUAGCCACCACUGCAGCGGUAAACGCUUUCAUCGGCACUCCGCCGAAUAUGCGACGACCGAGUCGAUUACGGUUUCGAUUAGCAUCCACCUAUAUUAUCGAAGAGCCAAUCACACCAGAAAUCGUGCGCUCCAUCUAUCAACUCCAACCGCACUAUAUUGGGAAUUUGCAAACGGCCGGCCCUGAUGGAGCUCCUUUGAUCGGUGAUGAAAAGAUUCUCUUCUCGUUGAAUGGAGCGGCGAUGUCUGAGCUGACGUUAGCGAAAAUUCGAGCAAUGUAUAGCAAAAUUGAUUCGGAAAGCCUAGCACCGCAUCUUGGAAUCAGCCCACAAGACAAUAGUACUCAAUUGCGAGUGAUGCAAAAUACGGCCUCGCAUCUCCCCGGAGCUGGUCGAGCCUUUGGAGCCGUGCUGGCUGGAUAUUUGGGAAUGCGCUCGUUCACCCCGUGUCCAGUGCCUAGACUUCUUGAUUCGAUGGGCGGAUACGCGCCACUUUUUGGCUUGAUUGAGAUGGCCGUUGAUUCGGAAGGACUUUACGCAUCGCUGAAAGCUUUGGUCUCAGCCACUCGCUCGAAUACAACCCUUCACGAGUCGUUGGCUGAAAAUCGAGCUUAUCAAACACUAGCCGUUCUGAUCGAGGAUAAAAGCCGUUUACUGAACAGUCACAUUAUGCAUAUGAUUUUCACGCUCGUCGGCACACUGGACACAUCUAGAGAGGCUGCCUAUAUCCCGUGUUCGCAAGCUUUCGACGAUGUCCUAUGUGAUUUGGAUGUAUGGAGAGGAGCCCCAGAUGAACUGCACAAAAUGUUACAAGAGCACUUCUAUGAGCUGAUCACAGACCAUCAAGCCAGCAACCUGCAAACGGUUCGCCGUUCUCCACUCCUCCCCCGUCUCCUCUACACUUUCUUUGACUCAUCCCAUUUACUCCCAACAACGAAUGACAUCAUUUUCAAUCUAAUCUCGGCCAUUAUUCAACCACCGUGUGACUCGAGAUCGAUUCUGAAGAUUGGACAAACGAUUGCAGCCACGUUGCCGAGCACCACCGAAGACGGAAUGCUUGAGGAGGGUUUACCCUUUCACAUCUCAGAGCUGCAGAGUAUGGUUAUUGGAUCGGGAUUGCCGCUGGAAAAGGGGAAAAAUCCGCCGAUUGUUUACCUUGUCUAUGUGAGGAAUCGAAUUCUCAAUCUGUUGGCCAACAUCCUUGCGCACAGCAGUGUGCAAUCGAAUCAACACAUGUGCGAGCAAAUGGUUCGAGUACUCGGCUUUGAUUGGUUACUCUCACUUCUCUCGCCGAGAGUCCACUCGGGAACCAUUCAUCUAGCGCUGCGAAUACUGCUGAAUCUGUUGGCUCAUGAGAAUCUCAUGAACAAAUUUCGAGAAGGAACGGGUAAUGGUGGCUGGUUGAAUGAUGCGGACAGUGUGGUGAGGAAUCGAGCCGCUGUCGUGCUUGGGUUCUCCGUUUCUGCACACGGUGGUUCAGUUGGCUCUCAUGUUGACAUCAAUCCCGAGCUUCAGAAUUGCAAUGGCUUUGCCGCUCUGGAGCAUGUGCUCUCCAGUCACGCUCACCUCCCUCAUCCCCAUUUUGCUCUCCUCUCUUUACUCGUCGGUCAACCGGUGAAACAACUCCGUUUCUGUGAUCACUUCUCGGUGGAUCUCGUCUGGACUCACGUUUUUGGACUCUCUCCGAACAGCUCCGUUUUUGAGGCGUUGAACUCGGCGAAUUUCUGCUAUGAUGCUUUAUUGCCGUUGUUGUCGAUGAUCAGAUCGGCGAUACAUUGUGAGCAAAGAUUGAAAAGCGAUGGCUGGCACAUCACCCAUCCAUCAGCUCUCCUCCAAAUUAUCGGCUUUUUCUAUCAAAAUUCGGCUCAUUUCUAUCAAAUGGCUCAUUCUGAAGAAUUCGUGAUUGCUUUAUUCAGCACUCUAUUCAAGGAAUCAUCAAAUUCUCGAGGCGAUCGAGGUUCUUCCACUCCACCAGAGGCUAUUGAAGCUUUGACUAGUCUUGUGGCAAAACAAGUGAUUGAUUUGAUUCGGAAAAUCAUUUGCGAUGACAUGCAAAGCACACCGCCUGGAGCAAGAUCGGAACCACUUUUGGAUGUUCUCGUUGAGCACGUUUGCGAGGGUGGCGGUGGCGCAAGAGGUCAUGCCCUUUCUGUUGUCGUUCUCGCUGUUCUCGAUCAUUUUGUCUCCACCGAUCUCCUCGUUUCCUCAAGUUUACCGCCACAGAUCUCUUGCAAUCCAUUGAAUCAACAAGGCUCAAACAUGUUCAACUUUGCCACGAAGACUGUUGAAGCGCUAUGGAAUGGGAAUCUCCCGUCGGCUGAACCGAUCAGAAUUCUCACCGCUCUUUACCAUAUGCACUCGAUUGGCACAAGGAAAGACAACAGUGCGAUGCAGGUGGAUCCUCUUCUAAUGGCCAUCAUGCGAUGUGUUCUCUACAUCUUGAGUCGCCCGAUUGACAGUGUCAACACUCAACUCGCUGUCCUUGACACUUUAGGAUCGGUGGUGAACAAGAAAUACAUCUUCUUGUCUUCAAACGAGAGUUGGUUCUUCGGUGCUUUGUGUCAUUUGAUCUUCAUGCUCUCGGUGACGCCGGACAUCCUCGAGCAUGGGAAUACACCGUUGGAUCGAAACUCGGCACAGGUAGCUGUGUGUGCGUCACGAAUCUGGACUGAUGUUCUCAUUCAAAAGAAAGGCUUUCUCGAGGAGAUUUUCAGACGCCAAACCGUGGUGGAGCUGAACGCUGCCAGAGCUCUGCUGGCUCACGCAGCCGGUGUCCAUUGGUCACAAUUCGUCGACUCGCAACUGAAAACCGUCAGUCAAACAUCGGCUAAAGAACAAUUCCAGCAACAGAUCAGCUCGAGAAUCACGAAAGUCGCCUCGGGUCUUCAUCGAUUGGCGAGUAAACGAGGGGUGACAUCAGUCGGAAGUCUUCAAUCGAUGGUACCAUGGAAGAAUCAUGAUAUCAGUGAAGAGGUGGUUCUUAUGUGGGUCCGUGUUCACACAUCGCUUGUCAAAGAACUGGUGACAGCGCAAGCGGCUCGUUAUCACGAAUGGCAUUCACAUGUACGCAAAUGGAGUCUACAAGAAUGGCAUCAAAUCGAACAGGAAUUGAUUCGAGAGAGGGGAUUAUGGGGACCGGAACAGGCUUCAACCCUGGAAAAGUAUCAACUCGACGUGACCGAGGGACCGAGUCGAAUGCGCCGAAAGAUGAUUCCAAAUCGCGAAUUUUAUCACAUGUACCCGUUCAGACCACACUUGGAAAGUCCGAAUGCUAAAGCUUUGCGAGCAAAAGUGGCCAUUUCAAAAGAUGCGACUCUAUAUUAUGAAGCGAUGAAGAGUCGAAGAGGGAGAUUGAUGGACGCACGAAUUAUUGAUGAUUCCCUCUCGUCGAUAACUCCAUCACAAGAGACUUUACCAUUUCCUGACGGAAUUCAGGAUCUUGAUCAGUUGAAUAGCUCACUGAUUCGUCGACUUUCCUCAAGACCUCCCCAUUUGAAUGACACUGAAGCAAAAUCUGAAUCAAAUGGCGAAAAGGAAGAAACAGAGGCUGAUGCAGAGGAAAAGGAAAUUAAUGACGAAGAACUGCCGGAAGAUCCCGCUCAAUCGACAUCUUCAGUCAACGCUGAGAAAAAAGCGGAGACAAGAAAGGAGCAAGAAGAGGAAAGAAAUCAGAGAAGAGGACCAGACAAUCAAACAUUGUUGAGACUAUUGGAACAAGGAGAGAAUCUCCACAGCAUGUUUAGAUGUGCAAGGGUGCAGGGUCUGGAAACGAGUGAAGGAUUGCUUCUCUUCGGAAAAGAUCACUACUACGUUGUUGAUGGAUUCACAUUGUUGAAAACGAGAGAGAUUCGGGAUCUUGACUUUUUACCACCUGAGCUUCAUGAUCCAAUUGUUCCCUACACAGCUACUGGAGCCACUCGGCCACCCCGAGCCUCAAGACUGUGCAGUAAAUUCAGCUACGAUGAUAUUCGAGAGGUGCACAAGAGAAGAUAUCUUCUUCAACCGAUCGCUUUGGAAGUGUUCAGUGCUGAUGGGCGAAAUUAUUUGUUGGCUUUCCCGAAAAAGAUGAGAGAUCGCGUUUUUGAUAAACUUCUCUCGAUGGCGCGCAGGUUGAACGAGAGCGGCACAGAGAGUGUAAGUGGACAGAAAGCGUCGAUGGCUGUUGAGACAAUGGGAAGACCGUUGUCAUUGUUGAAUUCUCUUGUCGGCCAACAAUCCGUCACACAACGAUGGCUGAAUGGACAAAUCACGAACUUUCAAUAUCUCAUGCAUUUGAACACCCUGGCUGGCAGAUCGUACAACGACCUCUCCCAAUAUCCGGUCUUCCCGUGGGUUCUCAACGAUUACACUUCGAAAACGCUGGAUCUCACAAAUCCGAAUUCUUUCCGAGAUCUCAGCAAAUCGAUGGGCGCACAGAAUGACGACCGAUUAGAGCAAUUCUUGAAGAGAUAUCGAGAAUGGGAUGACCCAACCGGCGAGACUCCACCGUAUAUGUAUGGAACGCACUACUCAUCAGCAAUGAUCGUCGUCUCCUACCUCGUUCGACUCGAGCCGUUCACUCAACAGUUCUUGACUCUACAGGGUGGUCACUUUGAUCUCGCCGACCGGAUGUUUCACUCAGUUGGCGACGCUUUUCUCAGCGCCGCCAAGAAUAAUAUGGCCGAUGUGAAAGAGUUGAUACCUGAGUUCUAUCUCCUUCCUGAGCUUUUCCAGAACAAGAAUCGAUUUGAUCUUGGAGUGAAGCAAAGUGGUGUUGCUCUGGACGAUGUCGUGCUUCCUCCGUGGGCAAAUGGGGAUCCUCGAGAAUUUGUGAGAUUACAUCGUGCGGCUCUUGAAUGUGAUCUCGUUUCUGCGCAUCUCCACGAGUGGAUCGAUCUCGUCUUUGGCUACAAGCAACAAGGCGAAUCAGCUAUUCAGGCCAACAACGUUUUUCAUCAUCUUUUCUAUGAAGAAAGCGUCGACUUUGAGGCGAUUGAUGAUCAAUUAACAAGAAAUGCAACCAUUGGCUUUGUCAAUAAUUUUGGUCAAAUCCCCACGCAACUCUUCAAGAAACCACAUCCACAAAAGAAGGUGAAUUCAUCUGAAGGCUAUUCGAGUAUCAACGGAGUGACCACACCGAAACUUUUCUAUCAUGCACUCCAUUCUCUCAAACCACCGCAAGUCGCUGUCAAAGAGCUUCGAACAGCUGUUGGAGCGAUGCACGUCUCUGAGAAAGGAAUCGUCGCGGUUGAGGCUGGGAAAGUGUUACUCUCACCGACAAAAUAUCUUGCCUGGGGUUUCCCGGAUCGAUCGAUUCGUUUGGGAACAGUUGAUUCAGAUAAGUCCUCUUGUAUCCUCGAGAUGUGCGAUACUCAGGAGUUGACUUGUGUGGCAGCUGGUGAUGAAAGAACUGUCUUUUGUGGAUCAUCGACAGGUUGUGUAAGCGUAUGGAAUUUGUACAAAAAACACCCAAGAAUGCGAAAAAUUCGAACACUCGAUGGGCACUCGGAUGCGGUGACAUGCAUUGAAGUCUGCUCGGCGCACACAUUUGUCGUCUCAGCCUCUCGUGAUUGCUCGGUAAUCGUUUGGCAUGAAAGAGAGCUCUCACUCCUUCGCCAACUCCCACCCCAUCCAUCACCCGUUUCUGCGUUGGCUGUCAAUCAUACAACGGGAGACAUUGCAUCAGCUUGCGCUUCAUUGUUGUUCCUUUGGUCAAUCAAUGGCGAUCUCUUGGUGCAGAUCAAUACGUCAGACUGUGCGCCGGCUCUCGAUCACAAUCAGAUGAUUGUCACGUUGGCGUUUAGCACGUUGAACGAAUGGGAUCCGGACAAUGUGGUUAUGGCGGGAACAGCCGAUGGAGUGGUGAAGAUCUUCUCGUCGGCGAUUGUUGAGAACGAUGGCUCAGUGGCACCACCACAACAAAGUUUCAACACAUUGGAAAGAAAGAAAUCAACAAGCUCUGCGGUUUCUGUAGCUGAACGAUUAGAGCGUCAAAGGCGACGCUUGAGAGUUGGAGCGAGUGUUGAGACAACGAGCAGCAGUCAUGGAACGGAAGAUAGUCACAGCCCGGAUCCACCAACGAGCCCCUUCAUUGGCGCUGAUAAUAUGGAUGGAGAGUUGGAAGAGGGCAGAAAAGAUCCAAGAAUGAUCGAAUCGGCUCCAUGGGUGAGAGUUCUUGUGCAACGAGCUGCUCUCACAAUGCACACCGCUUUCUCUAGACCAGACAAUUUAAGGCCAGCUCCAAUUACCGUCAUUAUACCAUCAAAAGAUCAUCGCUCACUUCUCGUUGGCGAUGGUGUGGGCCGUGUGUGGCAAUGGCAAAUCGGUGAAGAGGGAACCGGAAAUCGUGCCGAUCAUUGGGUCCAAGAUGUGGCGAGACAACGCUGCACGCAUUGUCAUCACAAGUUCUCGAUCGCCGACCGGAAACACCAUUGCCGAAAUUGUGGCCAGAUAUUUUGUGCAAAAUGUAGCCGUUUUGAGUCCCACAUCACCCACAUGAAGAUCUCUCGUCCUGUUCGUGUCUGCCAAAAUUGCUAUCUUCGUUUGAAAGCUCAAACGCCAUCA